AAGGCACUAGGACCUAGAAGGCAUCUAUCCACCCUGGCAGGAAUUUCUUGCUUGGAGCUCAGACAACAAAGGCAUAGAGAGAUUGGUUUUCUUUCUCUCAGCAUCUCCACCCAACCAGCAGAAAACCGGUCUCUGAGGUUCCACCAAAAUAUGGAACUUGAUUUUGGACAUUUUGAUGAAAGAGAUAAGACAUCCAGGAACAUGAGAGGCUCACGGAUGAAUGGGCUGCCUAGCCCCACUCACAGCGCCCAUUGUAGCUUCUACCGAACCCGAACCUUGCAGGCACUGAGCAACGAGAAGAAAGCCAAGAAGGUACGUUUCUACCGCAAUGGGGACCGCUACUUCAAGGGGAUUGUGUACGCUGUGUCCUCUGACCGUUUUCGCAGCUUCGACGCCUUGCUGGCUGACCUGACACGAUCUCUGUCUGACAACAUCAACCUGCCUCAGGGAGUGCGUUACAUUUACACCAUUGAUGGAUCCAGGAAAAUCGGAAGCAUGGAUGAACUGGAAGAAGGGGAAAGCUAUGUUUGCUCCUCAGACAACUUCUUCAAAAAGGUGGAGUACACCAAGAAUGUCAAUCCCAACUGGUCUGUCAACGUGAAGACAUCUGCUAAUAUGAAAGCCCCUCAGUCCCUGGCUAGCAGCAACAGUGCCCAGGCCAGAGAGAACAAGGACUUUGUGCGCCCCAAGCUGGUGACCAUCAUCCGCAGUGGGGUGAAGCCUCGGAAGGCUGUGCGUGUGCUUCUGAACAAGAAGACAGCCCACUCUUUUGAGCAAGUCCUCACUGAUAUCACUGAAGCCAUCAAACUAGAGACCGGGGUUGUCAAAAAACUCUACACUCUGGAUGGAAAACAGGUAACCUGUCUCCAUGAUUUCUUUGGUGAUGACGACGUGUUUAUUGCCUGCGGUCCUGAAAAAUUUCGUUAUGCUCAGGAUGACUUUUCUCUGGAUGAAAAUGAAUGCCGAGUCAUGAAGGGAAACCCAUCAGCCACAGCUGGCCCAAAGGCAUCCCCAACACCUCAGAAGAGUUCAGCUAAGAGCCCUGGCCCCAUGCGCCGGAGCAAGUCUCCAGCUGACUCAGGUAACGACCAAGACGCAAACGGAACCUCCAGCAGCCAGCUCUCUACCCCCAAGUCUAAGCAGUCUCCCAUCUCUACGCCCACCAGUCCUGGCAGCCUCCGGAAGCACAAGGACCUGUACCUGCCUCUGUCCUUGGAUGACUCAGACUCACUUGGUGAUUCCAUGUGAAGGAGGAGAAUGUUCAGAGUCCAGAGUACAAGCUUACCGUUACAAUAGGGUACUUCUGCUCAAGUGUCCAACAGGGCUAUUGGUGCUUUCAAGUUUUUAUUUUGUUGUUGUUGUUGUUACUUUUAAAAACACACUGUAAUAUGUUGGGUUUAUUUUCCUGUGAUUUGUCAUCUGGGCCACUGAUCCACAGUUACCAAUUAUAAGAGAUAGAUUGAUAACCAUCCUUUGGGGUAACUUUCCAAGGAUGCGAAAUGUGCUAGUCCAUGACCUUUCUAUUGAAUACUUAGGCGCCUGCAUUAUUUUUCCCCGUCUCACUUUGCUCAUACAUGACAGUCUUCCUUCUGUAGAAAGUUGUUUACAUACAUGGCACUUAAGAUGUGUGUGUGGGGGAAGAAAACUCAUUGGCAAAUCCAAGAGUGACAAAUACAAGUGCCCCUUGUCUCCCCAUCUCAAGAAUGCUGGAGGAUCCUUGGAAGACGGCAAGGCAGCUCCCCAGCCUGGCUCUUCACUCCCGACUGAACCCCCAGUUUGUUGUUUAGCGCCAAUUCUGGCUGUCAAGGGGGAGAGAGAAACACCAGCAACUUGUCAUUCUGACACCAGAUGCUUAGGACCCCGGUGCAGGGCUACCUUAAAGAAACCAGGCAAAAUUGGAAAACACUGUAGACAUUUCAGUAGUGUUUAUACAGCACAGUGAAUUCCUUGUCAACAUCUCCACUGGGGCAAUUUAGAAUCAAUAAGCAAUUAAUAAGAGUUGGGGGUGAGCGGCUUCCAUAUACCUGAUUCCUCUAGGAGGCUGUCUAACACAAACCGUACGGUAUCCAUCUAUCUCUGUUCUAUUGAAUGCCUUGUCAACAGCUAACACUGAAAACACUGUGAGAAUUUGUUUUCAGGUCUGACACCUUUCGGUCGCUUUUUAUAGCAAGAAACCAAUAUCCUUUUUAUAAAACCUCGUGUCUAUAUUUCAGGAGCAAACUCUUCAGGCUCCUUUUUUAUAAACUGGUGAUUUUUCUUUUGUCUAAAAAACACAUGCAGAAAAUUUACCAAAAAAAAAAAAUGCAGAAGAAUAACGUAGUUUAGAAAUCAUGCUGUCACUGCCAAACAGAAACCUCCAGGAAAAAACAAAAUGAAUAGCAGAGGCCAAUUCAAUAGAAUCAGUCUUUUGAUAACUUUUUAACAGUUACGCUUACAUUAGUAAUUUCAAUGUGGACCAGACAUUCUGAUUAUAUUUUAAAUGAAAUGUUAUGGCAUAUUUUAAGCAGCUCUUUUUUAUCUAUAAUCCUGAUAUUUCAUACUGAAGACAGAGAGUCCUUUCACUUGUUUUUAACACUAGAAAGGAUUUCUCUUUGCUAAGGACUGAUCAUUUGAAAUAGUUCUCAGUCUUUGAGGUACAGGUUCAUAACACUGCUUUUUGUCUGUAAUCAUAGCCCAUAAUAGCAAAGGCAACUAAAUUAAGUGAAAGCCAUGCAUGCCAGUUCUGUGUUUGCUUUUAGCAGAUAUGAAGAUGUCCUUAUUUCUUUGUAAUUGUUCAGAUAGUUGGAAAGGCGCAGCAUUUGAAGCCAAGCUGCCGUUUGGCUAUUGAAUGACUUGCAUUUGUUCCUCCACUUUAACUAGAAUGAGCUUGCUCUGUGUGUGUGUGUGUGUGUGUGUGUGUGUGUGUGUGUGUGUGUGUGCAGCUGCUUCAUAAUUAGGAGAUAUUACAGGACACCCCGACAUGGAUCAGUGACAACUUGGUGGCAUUGCUGAUGUGCACUGGGUAGGAGGAAACUUGUGAUGGAAGGGGUAGAUCAGAUGCCCCUAGACAAGCUUCAGGUGUCCUUAGCUACAUAAAACAGUUUUGGUUCAAGGAAAGCCCAGAUGUUGGUAGUAUUGAUUCCUGGUAAAACUGGUCAUUGGAGAACCCAAAAUUAUGAGAAUCUCUUUUUGCCCCUCUCCUUUAUUUGUAGGCUGUUAGAAACCAUUAAGAAGCCCAUUGUACUUACCCCCUGCUUCUUUCUAGAAGUUCAAGGUUUGCUUAGUGCCUGCCAGAGCAAUUUGUAGUUAAUUGGGAAAAAUUGGUACUUGGGGUGGAGGAUGUAGAGAGUGGUAGGAGGUCUGUUUCUAAACUGCUGGCCCGAUUCCCCAAAGAUUUCACCCACAAUCUUUCCCCAGAUCUCAUUUAGUCCAAUUCCUUCAAUUUAAGAUGAAAUGCAGGCUGAGGCAGCCAAAUGACCUACUGGUAGAGAGCAGGACCAGAGGAGAAACUCAGAUUUCCUCAUGUCCAUGCUACACCUCUGAGUGUUCCCUUGUUCCCCUGCUUGUGGCAUAAGUACCAUUAGAAAAUAUUCAGUGGCCGUAUUUUCUUUAGAAUGAUCUUUCAACCUUCUAUAAUAAUCAAAGAAUUCCUAUUAUUGUCUUCUAUAAUAAUAGAAUUUCUACCUUUUAAAAAAAUAAUAGAAUUUCUACCUUUAAAAAAAUCAAUUAUAAGGAAAUGUUUCUGUACUGCCACUUUAGGGGAGUUUGGUAUAGUUCAAAAUUCAAGCCUUUAACAAUUGCAUUUUAAAUUGGCCCAUUUUCAAGGCAAAAAGAAAUCUGGUUCUUACUGAGCACCUUCACCCCUGUCAUUGGUUCUCAAUUUUAUCCAACCCAGUUUUACUACGAAAGUCCCACUGUGUUACCUUCUGCACAGGCAGCAAGGAGCACGUUACUCAGCGAGGAUUUGCCGCCACUCCCCCGCCCCAAUCUCCCUCCCUCUAGGACACACACACAGACACACACACAAUCCAUCUGUUGCUUGUUCCUACCUCCUGAUCUUUCUUCCUUACAGAAAUAGAAAUAGGGACAAAGAAAGGGAAAAUGUAUAUAUGGGGCUGGGCUGAACAAGUUCAUAAGUAGUGUUAACUAGGGGUAAAUUGAGAGAAAAGUUCCUUUUCUCUUCACUGUUUUGGAAAGGAUAGCCAUUAGCAUGACUGCUUUGUGUCCUUAAGGACUUUAGUGUUAGCCUAGAUUGAAUCAUAGAGUUUUCUAGCUGGAAGGAACCUUAAGAUCAUAUCAUCUACUCCAAAUUCCUCGUUUUCAGGCCAGGAACGGAGAUGCAGAGGUAAAGUAAUUUCCCCAAGGUCACACAGCUGGCUAGGGGCAGAGCUAGAAUUAGAACCCACAUCUCCUGGCUCUUAUUCCAAGGCCUUUUCCCACUGAACUGUAUUGCCUUCCACUAGGCUCCUGAGAAUUCUUUCUCAGGGUCAUGUUGCAUCUUGGAGCCAUGUGCCGCUGCCCUGAUCUCAGUGGGAAAUCCACCCAGCAACCUAAUACGGCUCUUUCUCCCUAUAUUCACAUGGUUCCCAUCCACAUGGACUGCAGAUGUCCCCAAAGAGAAGGAGGCAUUGAGGACCAACAGGAACAGUGGGAUUGCUGACCUUGUCUAUCCAACACAGGGGAUCACUGCCCUACCUUGAGGAGCCCUCAGAACAGCCCCCGGAGCUCCUUCCCUGUUCAGAUGGGAUGGGGGAAGACUGGUGUCCCCUGUCGGCUCACUUCAUCUCAUCUUGUACUGGUUGGUCUUUGUAGGCUGAGAGAAAUGUUUCUUGUUCCUAGAGCAGGGGAAAGAAGGAUGGGAGAGAGGAAGGGAGGGAAGAAUAAUAGCUUUGUUCAUCCUGACUUUCUGAGAUGACUUUGAAGUAUUUUUUUAAAUGAGUGAGGCUAUCAUUCACUGGCAAUGAUUUCUUUUAAAAUAUGGGAGUGAGACAAACUAGAGAAAAUAACCUGACCUUACCAUGGUUGCCCUCAUCCACAAUGUCCCCAUAGCCAUCCUGCCCUGAUGGGGACAGUUUCCAGGUAUAAGCAAGGGGCUUUGUGACUGAAAUGUACCCUGGCUGAUGUUAAACAUUGACUCCUUGUGUUUGCACUAAAAUAGCAAGCUAUGUGCUGUACACACCAUACUUAUCUUCUUGUGUACACUGCUCCUGUGGCCUUCCAUGGCAGAAACCAGGGCAACAAGGUCUGAAGACGUAGUUUUCCUCACAGCAAGGUUCUUCCUGGGAACUAGGUAUUCGUUAGUUGAGUUCCAAAAGACCUCCUUCUGGGCUUACCCCACUCCUCAGGAAAUUCUGUCUCCUUCCUGCUUUUCCUCCUCAAUCAGAAGUAACCAAGGAACCUCAAAGGAGAUGUGUUGUUAUCAGAAGAAGGCAAGAAGAAGGGGUCUGAGCCUCUAGAUCCUUCUUUGAAUCACCCAACCCAAGUCUUAGACCAGCAAUCCAGUGCUUACCUUGGACAAAAUUGUGUCUACUUCUUAGUCCCUUCAGUACUCUGGAUGGACAUGUCCCCAUUCCCCCUCAGAUUUUUUUCUAAAUAGCUUAUCCUUUUUUAAAAAUGCAUCUACCAAGGGCACAAGCAUGCCCAAUUCUCCAAGAUGAGCUCCAGCACACUGAUGAGAAUGUUCCCCAAGCUCAGCGCACCUCAAAAACAUCUAUGCCUACAGACUUCCCCAGACUGAUGCACUGGGACAGUGGGGUUUGAAUGACCUCCUUCACUGUCCAGUUUGCCAUGGGAAUAAAAAGCAUGGAUAUUUCUUUUAAAAAAAAACAUUGGAACUUGUCCUUGGCCACAUGGGGCCACUUGGAUUUCGAAGACCAGGCCUCACUCAUGUAUUGUCUUCAUUGCAUGAAGAGAUUUGGCUUUGAGGCCUAGGCUGGCUUCCUAAGUAAACCAUCACUGUUUUGAAGCUCAUCUGGGACUGGGGAGGGGUUAGAGUCCUAUGUUUUAGUACCAGGAAACUAGAUAGAAUAAAGGCCUAGCCGUUGAUAUGCCGGAAGUGACCUGAGACCUGUGUAGCCAUGGAGCCUUGCAAUUGCUGGGCUUCCUAGGUCUCUCUCCUGGUAUGAAACUUUGAGGCUGUCACACUUCUGCCUCUGCCCAAGAAGGAGACCCCAUCUGUAGCCUCAUCCACUGUUCUGCGAUUCCAUGCAGGGUUUCCUCUUCUUCGUAGUUGUGACCACCUGGAGCAAGAAUACUGCCUUGAUUCCUCUCGCCUACCUUUUGGCUGGAGGUACAUCUCCAACAUUUUCUCUGGCUUCUGGUGGCCCAGACCCAGUCCAGUGCUGUUAACCUUCAAUGGAUUACCCUUAGUCAGCCCUAAGCACUAUUAUCAUGGACCAAGAGAACACAAAUCAUUUCUUAAAAAUGAAUUCCCAAUUUUAUUCUUCCUCUGGCUAGCAGAAGUCACUUCCCUAGUAGAUACAAGGCUGGAGGUUCUCGCCAUACAGCAGCCAAGAUACAUCCUUAGGGAGGAAAAUGCACAGAGCACUGGCUCCAGCGGGCCACCUACUGUGGACUGAGACUUGACAGCUUCUCCCAGCCCCCUCCACUUUUUCUUUUCAGAGACCAGAAGGCUCCUUCUCCAUCAGCCGGUCUUUCAGUAUGUCUGGCUAAAGAAUUUUGCUCCUCCUGUCUCUUCAGGAGAGGGUGACUUCCUCUUCUGGUCCCCAAGCUUAUCUCCAUCCUCAAAGAUCUAGUGUGGUCUUUAUACUUGGCCUCUUGGUGUUUCUUCCUGCUUGUUUUCUGUUACGGAUCCAAGCAGGCCUCCCACUGUGGCCUAGGCAGUGCGACACCGGUUAUCAUAUGACAAGACUCUUGAGCCCCUACCCCUUCUAACUGCCUAACUUUUUAUUCCUUAGUCUAUAGGUUUCAACAUCUUCUGGAAUCAGAAGCAGUCUUGUCUUACAUUGGUCGCCCGGGGCUAGGGGAGUAUGGAAUUCUCACUGGGAAUUAAGGCAUCUUCCUGCUCCAGAUGAGAACGACAGACUAAUUGGGAGAGGACAGAUAGCACAACAGAAGUCAGAGCAAACAUCUUGUAAACUAAGACAAAGACUUAGAGGCACUGGAACUUUUCAUUUAUGGGUUAAUAACCUGAGGAAAUCAAUGGCUUUUUGCCACUCUCUACCUUACCUCCCCUGUGUAUCUCUUAGUCUUUUCUUUCUCUCUCUACUUCACCAUAUUUGCUCUCAGUUUUAUACUCUGUUUUAUCACGCUCUCUUUCCACAGUACAAACAUCUCUCCUUUGUCCUCUGCAAUUCUUCUCUCUUUUAUUCUCUCCCUUUUUAAUUUUUUUCCUUCCUCCUCAUCUAGGUGUUGGACAUAUGCCUCUUCUUAGCCCUGUGAUUUUGCCUUGGUGACGAGAGGUUAUUUCCAGACUCAACGAGCCCUGAUCCUACCUGAGUCCCGUUAGAAGUUUGUUGGUGGGAAUCAAUCCGAUCCUGGCCCUUUCUUCAACAUUUUCAGUUGUAAUUCCCCGAAGCAGAUCCUCACAAGCAGUUUCCCUAUAACUCACGUAUCUUUGGGUUUUUGCCUUCCAGGCAUUGUACAGAACACUUUGCGGUUCCUUUUAGUCCACCAUUUUGUGGAGCAGUGAAGUGUGCUCAGAGAAAUAAUCAGCUGAACAGAAUCCACCUAUGAAUUCGUAUCAGCUAAAUACUAUGAAUUGAUUUUGUUUAAUUUGCUCAUAACUUUAAAAGCUGCAAUACAAUAUAGUGAGAAACCACAGGUAAUUUCUCCUGUCAUUUGGUGUUGGGUGGGGGAACAAUUUGUUUAAAGUUUUACUGUUACACAAUAAGCUCUCUAUAAUAACCUUAUAAACAUAAGGCUUACCAAAUAUUGAAUUUUUUUAAGUUAAACUGAUAGGCAAUUGGGGUUGGUUUAAAUGUUAAGGGUAUUUAGCAAUUCCAUAAUAUAAAAAGAAAUAGUCACAUAAUUGAAUUGUAUUUUUCCUUCUGUUACUAAAUCCACCUAAACAUUUACUAUUGACGCCAACUGUUCAUGAUCCUGUGCAGGCAGUCCAUGUAAGAGUAAUUAAUGGAACUAAAGAAGCCAUCUUGUAGGUUCUAAUUUAUUCAACAGGGUGCACAGCCCUUGGGAAUGUCACUGCUUAGCGAUGCCGUAUGGAAUGCCCUUUCCAAUGCCGUUUCUUUAUAAGUUCUCUUGAAGGGAUUUGAGCAAGUAAGAGGUUAUACCAAAAUGUCUCCAACGUACGGUCCUGUAAGACAUUGCAGCUUGAAGCCAAUGAUCCCUUAUGACUUGUACACAACUAAUGCAUGUUUUGAUUGAAUUUCACAUCUCUCAUGUGUGGUAAGUUCUUUAAAACGUUUUCGGUCACCUUUUUGUGCCAUUAAACUUGUACAGAAAACACUUUUAUGGCCAUUUUCAAAGGGAGAAAGUUUAAAAUGGAAACAGCCCACCCUUUCUGCCCUAUAGCUGUAGUUAGAACUCAGUUACUGUAGCAAAACAGCUGUAAUUGGUGGUUGUAGUGUUAGAGCCGUUAGCUUGCUAGUGACUAGCUUUGGAGAGUAAAUGCAUGGUAUUGUGCAUCACAUUUCUUAAAUAACUCAUUUUAACCUCUGAAAAGAAUAUAUUCUUCCUUGUGGUCCCUCUUCCCUCCCUUGCCUUCUCCCUCCCGCUGCUCCCAGGUGUCUUACGGUUGUAAAUAACUGAUUUAGGGGCCAAUAAUUUUUGCCAAGUCAAGUCAGCAAAGAACAAACAAACCAAAAAGAGGGGGGGGAGAUAUUUCUCAACAUUCUCUCAGUAGUUAUUGACCAUUUCCCAAGGAUUGGCAUUGUGAUCAAAGACCCGGCUCCCCUUUGCAUAAAAAUCAUGGCAACCUGGGAGCCUCUUUGGCCAUCUGAUGACACUGCAGAAUUGAAUAGUUCUCAGAAUCACAUAUCAUCUAAAGACAGUGAACAAAGAUGUCCCUUAUCCUUGCAGAAUUUUUGAAAUAUUCAGAGGUCCUCAGAAGGCUCUGCUUGACCAGUGACCAAUAACUAUUUUUAAAACAGAAAAGGAAAACAGAGAAAGACAGUAGAUAUUUAGGGAUUUUUAGCUGCCCCUUUAGAAUAGUUAUAGCCAGAAAAGACAAGGACCUGGGUUUAUACGCAUUGCUGUUGGUUUCCCACGCAAUGCCUAGCCCGCUCUUAGGCUGUGAUUCAAAAGCAGUGUUCCAAGAAGGCAUCCUCCUUUAUGGUUUGCUGUUCCCACUUGGACUGGUAGGUUUGGCGAGGCCCGUGUAAGCCAGCUGGAGCAGACCCUUUUCAUCUCCUGUGCCUGUUAAUAUCCCUCUUCCUCCCUCCGCAAUUUGAUGAGGGCUUUCUUUGGUCAGAGGACUUCAAAGUCUAGAGAAGUUCCCCAUGUGUGUAACGUGUUGUGAACUGUGAGUGCUGCGGAUUCACAGCGUUCAACACCGGGCAGCCACGGAGCUGCUCUUGCAAUCAUUUUGGCUCUCAAGCUCUGUUCUUCAUUUCAUUCUCAUUUCUGUGUACAUUUGCAAGAUGUGUGUAAUGUCAUUUUCCAAAAAUAAAAUUUGAUUUCAAUA